CCCCGCGUCCCCGGCGCCGCCGGCCCGGAGCUGCCCCCGGAGUCUCGGUGCCGCCGCCGGCGCUCGCCAGGGGGAAGCCCGGCGCCGCCCGGGACCUCGGCUCGCUCCUCCGGACCCGAGAGGCGCUGCACCGGCUGCCGCUCCCGAUGCUGCUGCUGCCGCCGCGGCCGCCGCACCCUCGGGCCGCCUCCCCGGAGGUCAUGGACCCACCGCCCCCCAAGGCGCCCCCGUUCCCCAAGGCGGAGGGCGCCCCCUCCACGCCCUCGGCGGCGGCGGGGCCUCGGCCCCCGCGGCUGGGCCGCCACCUGCUCAUCGACGCGAACGGGGUCCCCUACACGUACACGGUGCAGCUGGAGGAGGAGCCGCGGGGCGCCGGGGCCCCGCGCGAGGCGGCCGCGGGCGAGCCGGGCCCGCGCAAGGGCUACAGCUGCCCGGAGUGCGCCCGCGUCUUCGCCAGCCCGCUGCGGCUGCAGAGCCACCGCGUGUCGCACUCGGACCUCAAGCCGUUCACGUGCGGCGCCUGCGGCAAGGCCUUCAAGCGCUCCAGCCACCUGUCCCGGCACCGCGCCACGCACCGCGCCCGCGCCGGGCCGCCGCACACCUGCCCGCUCUGCCCGCGCCGCUUCCAGGACGCCGCGGAGCUGGCGCAGCACGUGCGGCUGCACUGAGGCC